GCGAGGCUCACGGUCAUAGGUCACGGUGUCAGUCAGUGAUGCGCAGUUGCCUUUGAUAUCGCCCAGGGUUUGGCCCCCCGAGGGGGCUGGUGUGACCCUAUUGAAAAAGGAACUCUCCUCCACCACACUCCUAACCCGGACUGGCGUCAAUCAUUAAGCUAUUGGUAUUUUUUUUUCCCUCUUUCGGAUCAAGGUUCAGGUUCAGCUGCGGGUGGGCGACAAAUCUUUUUAAAAAAAAAUCUCAAAAUAUUUGGACCCGGCGACCUGUUCGAGGGAUUGCUGACUUGUGCGGUAUGGACCACAGCAGCCUUGCAAAUAUGAAUGCAGCUGAAAGCCUUAAUCGCAUUAAAGUGGAAUAUAAGGAGGCAUUUACCUUUGUUAAUAAAGGACUCUCUGCAGAUGAAUAUGGUCAAAAAGAAGCUGCAAAGCACUAUUACAGGCAAGGAGAAAGGCAUUUAAUUAAAGGAUUGCAUAUUCCAUCAAAUAGUCCAGAAUGUACAGGCCCCCAGUGGGACACAGCCCGUCAAAUGCAAAAUAAAAUGAGUGCAACACUAAAUAAUAUUCAAACAAGGUUGUCCAUUUUGGAGCAUGAAGAUGACUCGGCAUCUAAUCAACCAAACAAACUUUCUGAAACUCUGGGAUUUGAUAACCCAAAAACUGAGUCAAGGCUAUAUCCAGUUGUACCGAUAUGUGAAGAGAAACCUUCAACAUUAUCAAAGCCUCAGUCUCACAUGGAUUUGAGCCCAACUACUAAUGGAAGCUCCUCCAUGGCAGCUGCUAACUUGUCACUGGAUGUUCCAUCUGUAUCGAAUGAGCUGCCCCCUGUAUACACACCUGAGGCUGUAGAAGGACAUAGGACCAUUUCCUAUGGAACUGAAUCUGGCGAGUUUGCUGUUGAUGGCGAUGGCAUUUUUGGACAAAGAACCCACCCUCCUCCAAUAGAAUCACUUGGUGUAGAUGCAUAUCAGCUCAUUUUAAUUGAACAAGGAGUGCAAAUGUUCUAUGUAACACCUGAUGGGCAAGUGAGUGCACCCUCAUAUCCAGGAUAUCUCCGCAUUGUGACGUUUUCUGGUACAGAAGCUGGUGCUGCACAAAACAGACCACCUUCCUUUCUGCAGGUUUGUGAUUGGCUGUACCCGCUUAUACCUAGCCAGUCUCCUGUGCUGCAGUGUAACAAUGGAGUCUACAUGUUUCCUGAUGUAAUGUCACAAGAUCCUGAUGUCUAUGUUGGAGUUGUGCUAUCCUCUGAGCUACCAACAUCGGACAGAGAGCAUUUUGAAGACUUGCUGAAACAAAUGACUUAUUUAAAGGUCCAGGAUCCAGAAGCUUCAGCUGGUGAAAUUAAUUUGAGCCAAACUGUUCCGAUUCACCAAGAAUCACAACCUAGUAUCCAAGAGAAUGUUCUACCAGAGUGGAGUGAAAAAAUGGCCCGUGGAAUUCUAACAGGGGCCUCUUGGUUGAGCUGGGGUUUGGUUAAAGGAGCUGAAUUCACUGGUAAAGCAAUCCAGAAGGGAGCUUCUAAACUGAGAACGCAUAUUCAACCUGAAGAUAAGCCUGCAACAGUCAGUCCAACAGUGGAAAAGGGUCUCAGUGUUGCAAGACAAGCAACUGGAGGGGCUGUAAAAGUCAGCCAAUUCUUGGUUGAUGGACUUUGUGCUGUUGCUAGUACUGUUGGAAAAGAGCUGGCUCCACAUGUAAAGAAACAUGGAAGUAAACUGAUUCCAGAAGCUAUAAAGAAAGAUAAUAACUCAAAAGCCAACCUGGAUGGAGCUCUGGUGGUGGCAGCAAGUGGAGUUCAAGGAUUUGCAACUGUCUGGAAUGGUUUAGAGCGUGCAGCGAAGUGCAUUGCCAAGAAUGUUGCAGCAGAGACUGUACACACUGUGAAACAUAAGUAUGGCUCUGCUGCUGGGAAAGCUACAGACAAUGCUGUGAACUCUGCCAUCAAUGUUGGUGUGACAGCUUUUAACAUUGAUAAUCUGGGUAUCAAGGCUGUGGCACGACGCACUGCAAAGGAAACUGGAAAUGCUAUUCUAGUUGACUACAAAUUACAAGAAAAACUGGAGAAACAAGAAAAAGAAUAAUUUCAGCUUUGAAAAGACCUUUAAGAAUUUGGAACUUUAAUUGUUAACAUGUAACUGAACAAAUGCUAUAUGAAUGUUAUGUUUUUCAGAAUUCCAUUUUCAACUAACAAGCAGCAGUUUAUCUUGCAGAAUUAAGAAUUUAUUGCACUGGCAAAUAUGCCUAAUUGAUUUUGUAACUAUUUAGGCUUUAUUUUCAAAUAUUGGGAUGGACCUUAAUGUACUAAUAAUACAGCACUUUCACACUUUAAUUGUGCAGAGUAAUGAGUUUAAAAAAAUUUUUUGGCACUGCAGAUCUUUGGGUGUUUUCUUCAUCUCCACCCUUCAAAUUUCUGUAGUUCUGCCUCAGUCACAGCUUUAUAACCUGCAUAAAUUGGUUGUAAAUCAUAUUUGUAAUAGCACACCAGAUCAUUAUAUAAAAAAGAGAAUUUCAUUGGAUAUCUCCUUUGUGCAGUGCAAUGUUAAAUAUAAUACUUAAACUGCGAAAGAGUGUCCAAUGUCCAUUUUUAAAUGGAAAUUGAUGCAUCAAUUUUGGGAAGGGUGGGGGGAGGGGGUUGAAGUUUAAAAGCAAGCUGCCCCUGGUUAUGGAUAUAAACAAUUUGAAGCUUUUUAUUUUGGAUGCAAGCUAUUUUCCCUCAUUUGGGUUUUUUAAAUAUAGUUGGGCACUGGACAGUGUGCUGAAGAUUGGCACAUUCUUCCAAGUUGGAGCAGUAGUAGAGGAAAAUUAAUUAAUUUAUAUUUGAUGCAAAUUAAAACUUGCAGUAUUGUGUAACGUUAAUUGGGCCAGGUAAUACAUCUAAAAGGUGAUCAAAUUAGUGGGGCAAUAUCUAGAUGAUGUACAUUGCAAUACACAACUGAGUUGAGUUGAAAGUGGGCAGCAAAGUACAGAUAAGAAUACAGUACCUAAUUUAUGGACUGCAAUGAUUUAGUCUGCAUUGUAAAACAAAGCAAGAAGUUGUUACACCUAAAAUGAAUAUUGCCCUUCAGGAUGGAAUACCAGUGGCCAAAAACACUUGAGAGGCAAAAGGUAUUAAGUUUCAGGCUAGUUUGAGCUGGUGUGUGCAAUUUUUGGAAGCUUCAAAUACUAAUCUUUAAUGGAAGAACUUUAAAAAGUUCAUGUUCUGAUUUGCAAUCAGUAACCUACAAUUGUAAAAUGGUUCUGAAAUAAACACAUUUGUUAACAUCUGAAA